UAGUAGUUUGUAUAGUUUUGUUUAGAAACAUUCCUGCACCUAAAAAUGACCCAAUCCAUCUCUUUGAGGAGCAUCUCCUCACUCACAUCAGCUUUGAUCGCCACAAUCAUUUGUGUACAAAUGUUCGAAGCUAAACAGGUUGAUAUUCCAAUCGAAUGUCUGAAUGAAACGAAAACGUCGAGCGAUUACAACGUUUUCGAUUUCUUCCUCUCGUACAAUGAAACCCAAGAAUGGCUAACGUUACUCGCGACCGAAUAUCCCGAUAAGUGUCAACUACAAACCAUAGGACAAUCGACUGAAGGUCGUGAAAUUAAUGCCAUCUCCAUCUACAACGAUCAACCGAAUAAGAUCAUUCUGAUAGGCAGCUUAUAUGCCCGGGAAUGGGUUGGUAUGACCUCCAGCAUUUACAUCAUCCAUGAGCUGAUUCGCAGCUCGGCCCGCUAUCCGGACGCAAAUAAAUUUCAAUGGAUAAUAGUUCCGAUGCCGAAUCCGGAUGGGUACGAGUACUCCAGACAACACAAUCGCAAUUGGAUGAAGAAUCGUUCCCCUCAACAAGAUGGUAACAUUGGUGUCUGUUUGGACACUAAUUUCGAUGUUCAGUGGGGCGGUGGUAUUUCCGAUACGUUUAUCAAAACGACGGGGUCAUGGUACCGUGGACCGGCACCAUUUUCCGAACCAGAAACAAGAGCAAUUAAAGAGCUAAUGGAAAGCCAUACGAACGUUACACUGCUGAUCCAUUUGCAAGGGAUCGGGCGGUUGAUCUUUACACCGUGGGCAUACAAGGAUGAUCCGAUACCGAACAUAGACCUGGUGCAUGCGGUUGCGAAUGCUGGACGGAAUGCGAUCAUGCAAGAAUCACAACACGAGUUUGAUAUUGGAAUCCUUUCCGACUAUGCACCAUUUCAAUACGGCACAUGUGUUGAUUAUUGCAACUUAAUCGGAAUCAGCGUGUGUCUAUCGCUGAGGCAGCUAGAUGGUACGUACGAGAUGAUGACGGACGAAAUCAUUCCGCUAGGUCAGGAAGCAUUAGCGGCCAUUCAGGCAAUGGCGAUAGAAUCUAAUUGGCAACAAUGGCCAUAAAAUGGCUGUAGGCUUCGGGAUAAUGUUUGCAACGGUUAAUAGACGCUUCGCCCAAUCGAAUUCUAAGUAUCAAUAAAGAUGUAUUGCAAUUAA